CUCUCCCUAACCCCACUCAGCUGCAGACCCAGGCCACUUCCACCGCUCGAGCUGGACAAGUCAAGGCCAAGAACGCCGCGCUUCUUGCAGGACUUCCCACCAGAGUCGACCCUGCUGCAGAAAGUCAGAGUGUGUGCGCUUCAGAAGCGAUCUGAGUUUUGAUUUUGCCCUCAACAUUUGAAGAAUCGGGUCGAGUCACCUGAGCAGCGCCUCUGCAGCCACAAAGCAGCACGUGGGCACAUCAGCGGGUCCUCAUCAUGGAACUUCAGAAGCUGUCAAAUGGUCACCACCACCACGACCUCCCCAUGGCAGAGGGACUACCAGAGGAAGAACAGUUCCUACCGCACAAGAGUGACGGAACAAAAAGGUCACAGUUCACAGACUUUGAGGGGAAAACCUCCUUUGGGAUGUCAGUCUUUAACCUCAGCAACGCCAUCAUGGGGAGUGGGAUCCUAGGUCUGUCGUAUGCCAUGUCCAACACCGGCAUCCUUCUCUUCCUGAUCCUGCUGACAUGUAUAGCUUGUCUGUCCAGUUACUCUGUUCACCUCCUGCUGCGCAGUGCUGGCAUUGUGGGUAUCCGUGCCUAUGAGCAGCUUGGUCUUCGUGCUUUUGGACAUCCAGGAAAGAUACUUGCUGGUGUCGUUAUAACUCUACAUAACAUUGGUGCUAUGUCUAGUUACCUUUUCAUCGUGAAAUAUGAGUUGCCGCUGGUCAUCCAAGCCUUCCUUGGCCAGACUUCAAGCACUGAGGAUUGGUUCAUGAAUGGAAAUUACCUCAUAAUCAUUGUCACUGUCUGCAUCAUUUUUCCAUUGGCCAUGAUGAAACACCUCGGAUAUCUGGGCUACACCAGUGGGUUCUCCCUCUCCUGCAUGGUGUUCUUCCUCUCUGCGGUCAUCUACAAGAGGUUCAACAUCACUUGUCCCCUGGAGGCAUUUAGCAACAAUGCCACCACCAUCCCAGAGGACGUUUGCAGUGCCAAAUUCUUCACCAUCAACCAAGAGACGGCGUACACCAUCCCCAUCUUGGCCUUUGCCUUUGUGUGUCACCCAGAAGUGCUUCCCAUCUACACUGAAUUGUGCAACCCAACCAAGAGGAGAAUGCAGAACAUCUCUAACGUCUCCAUCCUCGGCAUGUUCAUCAUGUACCUCCUCACAGCCACCUUCGGUUACCUCACAUUCUAUGCAAACACCGAAGCGGAGCUCCUCCACACCUACAGUAAAGUGGACCCUCUAGACACCUUGAUCCUGUGCGUACGCCUGGCUGUGUUGGUGGCAGUCACCCUGACGGUGCCAGUGGUGUUGUUUCCUAUUCGACGUGCAGUCCUCCAGCUUCUGUUCCCGGAGAAGCCCUUCCACUGGCUCCGUCACAUCACCAUCGCCCUGUGUCUGCUCUUCUCUGUUAAUGUGCUGGUCAUCCUGGUCCCCAACAUCCGAGACAUCUUUGGUAUCAUUGGGGCCACCACUGCUCCUAGUCUGAUCUUCAUCCUCCCUGGACUGUUCUACAUCCGCAUUGUCCCAGUGGAGCAAGAGCCAAUGAAAUCAAGACCAAAGGUCCAGGCUGCUUGUUUCACGGCUUUAGGCUUCAUAUUCAUGAUCAUGAGUCUGACGUUCAUUGGGCUUGACUGGAUGAGUGGAGUGAAACGAAGUGGCGGCCAUUAAAGCACAUCCAUCAACAUCUGGGGUUCCAAAACGAAAUAGCUGGUGCUCAGUGCCCCUCCUCAGCACCCUCUGCCAACAGGGAACAAGAUCUAACUACUGCUCAAAGGCUCGACCCACAUCACCAAGGGACUUUGAUAAGAACACUGCCCCAGGCCUCACUCUCAAACCAAAAGGACAUUUGGAGGAACCCAGGAGGGGGGGCCCAUAAUUCUGGACGGAUGGCACAUCCGUCUGUUAUUAUGUCCACCACAGAGACUGCUAUCACAGGUUCUUCUGCCUGAGGAGUAGAGGAACAUGUUGCCCAUUAAAGCCCUUGAACCACUUAGUGCACCCAGAAACAGAGGUAUGUCAUAUAAUAUAGAGACAGACAAACAGGGGAGGCAAAGUAUCUCUUUGCAAAAAUUUUGUUCACUCAUUAUCAGGACUCGGUGGGAAUUUAUUUUUGCAGGUCGUUCAUCAAAUUGCUAUGCAAGAAGAUCUUGUUGUGAAACUUUAUGUCCUGUUAAUUAUUUCCUGCUCCCCGGAGUCAUGUUGGGUUGCUGGACAUAAUGAUUUUAAAUAAUUCACUGAGACCGGUUACAAUUUAUAAUCUUUUAUUACUGCCAUGUGGGAGAGAUAAGACAUCACUGUGAAGAAAAUCCUCGAGAUGCAUUUGUAUUUGAUAAUUUUGCUCAGUGAAAGAUAAUUUCUAUUGGUCGUAAUUGUGCAGUAAGUCCAUUUUUGCAUGGCAGUGUAAUAUUGAUCGCUACGCUUUGUUUGGCACAGUUGGAUUUUUAACCUUAUGUUUGUCAGAGUAGCAUUUAAUUCUCUGGGACAGUUUAAAUGCUACUGCAGAAUGAAAAGCUAAUUAAUUCUGUGUAAUGUGAUUCAUUCAUGUUCAUUCAUUUAUUUUUUUUUUGUGGACAAAACAUGUGUUUAUUAUUUGGCACAGAUUUAAAAGAAGACCCUCAUUGUUUAUUCCAGAAAUAUGGUUCAAUGGAAAGUUAAAAAUUAAUUUUUUUAUUGGCUUAUAACGGCAUAGAACAUGUACUGUAGUACACUAAAAAUACAAGAAAAGGGUCGUGUCUGAAGGACAAAGUACAUUUAAUGGCUUGUUUUAUGGUAACUGGUCUACUUUGGUGGAUGGGGACUGUUGAACAGAGCGGUGCAUCAAAGAAAGACCACUGUGAAGUGGGUACGUAGCACAUCUUCCUGGUGCUAUUAGCUUUACGUUUGCAUGGCAAGGCACCACCAUGGUCACUGUCAGAUGUUCCUUUUUCAAUAAACAAAUGCUUGUCAGUAUUACCAAGGUA